AUGGCUGUCUCUGCAGCUUCGCCGUUGGUUGGAGGGCAGUCUGCGCAACACUUGGGCGGCACUCCAAUGGUUCCAACAGCAUCGAAUCAAGCUAUCAACAGCCCUGCUCGACCGCCGUCUGCUGUCUCUAACCAUCAAAAUAUGAUUCGCUCCGUCAGUCAGCAGCAGAACCUGAGUCGCACCGGCACGCCGCACAUCGUACAGGGCACGCCCGUAAUGAACGCCUCGAUGCCGAAUCGCAACAUGACGCCUACUCCUAGUCGCAUGAACCAGGGCAGCCCAUCUAUGGCAAUGCAAGGGCAGACACCAAUGAUGAUGCAAACUCCUCAAUCUGGCCAGAAUAUGACCCCCGAACAGAUGCAGCAGAUGCAACAGCAGCGCCUACAGCAGCAACUUCGUAUGCAGCAAAUGCAGCAACAAGGAGGAUCACCAGGUAAUCCACAACAACAAAUGCAACAAAUUGCAUUCCAAAAGGCCGCCCAGCAUAUUCAGACGCAAGGAGUGCCUCCAGGUCAAAAUCCACAAGCAUACCGCAAUCACCUUGCGCAGCAAUAUUUCAACCAACUGAAACAGCAGCAGCAGAAUCAACAGCAAUUGGCCUUGCAAAACAUGUCACCUCAGGGAGGCAUGCAGCAAAAUGGUAUGCCUCCACAAGGCAUGGCCUUUGCUAACAUGAACCUGCAGCAGAUGCGGCAACGGUAUCAGCAACACAAGCAGUCGGUUAUGCAGAAUUACGGCCAGAACAUCCCUCAGCAAGUUAUGCAACAGAUCCAUCAGAUGGAAAUACAGAUCAAGCAACGAGAAGCGCGUGAACAGCAGCAAAUUGCCAUGGCACAAAACAUGCAGAACGGUAUGGGCAAUCAGAUGAAUGGUGGACAGAUGAACGGCAUGCAGAACGGUAUGCAGAACGGCAAUCCGACCAACCCAAUGCAAAUGCAACAGUACCAGCAGAUGCUCCAACAACAACGUCAACAAGCCGCCAAUCAGUCGCGACUCCUGCAGAUGCGUCAGCAAGCCAUGGCGAGCGGCGGUCAACUGCCUCAGGGCAUGAUGGGCAAUAUGAAUGCCAUGAACGGCAUGCAAGGCGGUGGUAUGCAGGGCAUGAACAUGGGUAACAUGGGCAACAUGGGUCAGGGCAUGAACAUGGCGCAAAUGGGACAGAUGAAUGGAGGCAUGGGAGGUAUGCAGGGUGGACAGAUGAAUGGUGGCAUGCAGGGUAUGCAAGGAAUGCAGGGCAUGAACCCGCAGCAGAUGAACCAGAUGAUGAUGAUGCGGCAAGCGCAGCAGCAGGCCCAGAGGAUGGGACAACAAGGUGGACAACAAGGUGGGGACAUGGGAUGGACUGGUUAA